AUGUGGUCCCUGAAGAGAGACAGCGCCUACAUCUCAGACCACGAGCCAACAUUCCGCGUGCGGUAUGUAGGAUGCACGGAGACGUCUGCCUCCAAUGGCACGGGCUGCACCAUCCAGCCGCUGAAGAGGAUAUGGGACAACUCCCCGAGUGAGAAGCACCUGCUCCGCGUGGUCGUUAGAUUGGGUCUCGCGGGCCUGACCAUGACCAACGUCAGCAACAACGCCAACCAGCAUUUCCCCAUCGAGAACGUGUCGUUCUGCGCCGCAGACCAGUCGGUCAAUCCACGACUCUUCUGCUGGAUCUUCCAGAACGGCGACGCGUUGAUCGUUCACGCGGUGCUUUGCAGCACUCGACACAAGGCUCAGGCCAUGGCGGCCGUGACAGCGCGAGCGUUCUACCUCGCCUACAGGGACUGGAAGGCAGAGAAGCAGCGCGAGGAGAGAAAAAAG